AUGGACGAAACAACUCCUCUUUUUCCCGGACAGGCCGACCAUGAGGACGAGAAUUCCAUCCCAACGCGACGAACAUCAUCGUCAAGAAUUGUCACCAUCCUCAUCUGGUCGUCCGUCAUUAUAUCCGCCUUGACCUUCUUGUACAAUCUCACCGUCUACCUGGUCGUGAAACUCUCCCCUUACAAUGACUUUCUCCGCUGGGGAACGAGAGACAGUGUCGAAGCCUUGCUCCCUCUGAGCUUCCUCUGCGCGGCCGUCAGCUUGUUCGGCAUCUUCAAACUGACCGUGCUGAACGGCAGCGCAUGGCCCCUUGUCAGCCUCAUCCUCGAUCCUUUGAUCGUGUUCCUCUUCUUGCUCAACCCCGCUCUUGAUAGCUACUGGAUCGCAGACUGGGAGCACUGUGAUGCUUCUCGCCCGGAUUUUCCAGCUCCAGAGUUCGGGGCGGGAUGUGAGAGGUUUGCGAACGCGAUCAGGGCAGUGAUACUCGUGGGGCUUGUGUUUCAGAUGGCCAUCUUUCUGGUCAUCAUCUACCCUUAUGGCAACCUCCGAGCCAUCGAUGCGUUCUUCUUCGGGGCGAGUGCGUCGACAGAGUCGGGACUGAACACAGUUGAUGUCAAACUCUUGAAAACCUAUCAGCAGGUCUACAUCUAUGUGAUUCCCAUCAUCAGCAAUCUAGGUUUCAUCAACAUCCUCGUGGUGAUUGUGCGGCUGCGCUGGUUCGACAAGCGUCUCAAGGAAGCCGCCCCUGCCUUUUUCCGGCAGAGACGUAUGAAAGAUGACGCAGAAGCGGGCGCGGAGAGUGAUCUGAAGACGGCCACAACAUCGGAGAAACAAGACUCUCUCCCGAACGAGUCGCAGAGCCUGCCCCUGAGCGUUACAGACGCCAGCCUUCCCCUGACCACCAUCACCUUUGCCGACAACGUGCACGAUUCUGGUCGGGACAAGGCUCUAUACGUUCCUCCUCCUUGGCAACGAGAUAGAGGACAGCCCAUAGUGGAAGUCGACGAUGAGUUGAGCGACUGCGAGCGGACCAAAUCCGUCGACACUCAGAUAGCCAACACCGGCUCUUCUCGCCGGCGGUUCACGAGCAGACUGGCUCACACCGACACCAUCGAGCGAGUGGCGUCCUCGAUGUUUGUGAUCGGCCCGUCCGCCAGCCAUGGCCCCAAGGCGCAGACACAGCCCCUCGACCAGUCUCUCUCUCAGCAGCUGGACCUGCCUGAACUGUCGUCUCAUGCGACGAUCGGCCGGAACUCGCAGUUCCAUAACCUGACCACCGAGGAUCGCGAGCUGCUCGGUGGAAUAGAAUAUCGCAGUUUGAAACUGUUGCUCAAGAUCGUCACAGGCUACUUCUUUGGACUUCAACUCUUUGGCGCAAUCUGCCUGGUCGGUUGGAUUCAGCACGCGAACCCCAAGUAUCGCGAAUACCUUGCUGAAUGUGGACAAGGCAGCGUCUGGUGGGGCUUUUAUUCCGCACAGACGAUGGUGAACAACCUCGGCUUCACCCUGACUCCCGACUCGAUGAUCAGCUUCCAGGACGCAACGUUCCCCCUGAUCGUCAUGAGCUUCCUCGCCUACGCCGGCAACACCUUCUACCCCUGUCUCCUGCGGUUCAUCAUCUGGACCAUGUUCAAGCUCUGCCCGCACCGCUCCUCCAUGAAAGAACCCCUCAGCUUCCUCCUCAACCAUCCCCGCCGCUGCUACACGCUCCUCUUCCCCAGCAAACCCACCUGGGUCCUCUUCGGCAUCCUCUUCACCAUGAACUUCGUCGACAUCAUUCUCAUCCUCGUCCUCGACCUGCACAACCCCGCCGUGAACAAUCUCCCCGCCGGCCCCCGCGUGCUGGCCUCCAUCUUCCAGGCCGCCUCCGCCCGCCACACCGGCACCGCAACCUUCAACCUCGCCAACGUCAACCCCGCCGUGCAAUUCUCCCUCCUCGUCAUGAUGUACAUCGCCAUCUUCCCCAUCGCCAUCAGCGUGCGCGCCUCCAACACCUACGAGGAGCGCGCCCUGGGCAUGUACCCCGAUGACGCCACCAUCGACGAAUCCCACGGCCGCUCCUACGUCCUCACCCACAUCCGCAACCAGCUCACCUUCGACCUGUGGUACAUCUUCCUCGGCAUCUUCUGCAUCUGCAUCGCCGAGUCGAAUCGCAUCAUGGAUCCCGCGGAGCCGGCGUUCGCCGUCUUCCCCAUCUUCUUCGAGGUGGUUUCCGCAUAUUCGAACGUCGGCCUGAGCCUCGGGUACCCGACCGUCAAUACCUCCCUCAGCGGGCAGUUCACCGUCUUCAGCAAGCUGGUUGUCUGUGCGAUGAUGAUCCGCGGCCGGCAUCGGGGUCUGCCGUAUCAGCUUGAUCGGGCGAUUCUGCUGCCGAAUGAGCGGUUGGAUGAUACUCUAGACGGGGUUGAGGAUGCGAGGUCGGUGAGGCGGAUGGAGAGGAUUAAACGGUAUCAUACUAGCUAG